CAAUUAUCUCACCACGCGAGCACAUCAAUUCGGGUUCUUAUUCACGGGAAGACGAUCGAUCCAUUUCAAUAACACCACCAUGUCUGCACCACGCUACAUGCACUCGGCCCUACGGCCUGCCAUACGGGCCAGCCGCAACAACAGGGUCGCCUUCAGCCCUGCAAACAAACGCAACGCCAGCACAGACAAGGAACCGUCCCGUACUCAGAUUCCGCCAGCCAGGCCUGGCAAAGCAAACAACUGGACUCCCUACGCCGCAGCCGGCCUCGGUCUCGGCGCUGUAUUCUUUUACCUCAUGGGAAGGCCAGACAAGGCGGCGAGCACCAACGUUGGCGCGCAACCGACAGGGACGCUCCCAGGGCGGGAAGGUCCUAUCCGUCCGGAAGACCGGAGCAAUAAGAGACAGCCGGGGCAGUGAGAAGGGAUUUGUGAGGAGGGGUUCGUUGCUGCGGAGAUUGUUGUUGAAACUUGAAUGACAAGGAGUUCGGCGUCGGAAUGACCGUGGGGGCUAGCUAAGGCUAAGCUGAGAAUGCCACAUUGAAAGGACUCUUUCAUCUGGUCCUUACGACCUAUGCAAUUGAACACGAA